CUCAGGCCUCAACUUGCCAGGCCGUUCCUCUAAGCUAUAAACAUGGCACUUGGAGGCCAUCUUAAACCACAGAAAACCUACAAUAAACCUAGAAGCAAAAAGGGACGCAAGCCUUAUUUAUGCUCUCAUCAUCCAUAGGAGAGAGAAGGAUCGAUGUCUUCCUCGUUUUCUUCUUCUUCUUCUUCUCUUCCGGUUGCCUUAGCCAUCUGCUUGGCUUUGCUAUUCCAAGGAUCCCGAGCUCAACUGAGCCCUUCCUUCUACAAUACCACAUGCUCUAAUGUGUCAGCCAUUGUGCUUAGCGUAGUUCGACAAGCCCAAACGUCCGAUGUUCGGAUCACUGCAAGCCUGACUCGACUCUUCUUCCAUGAUUGUUUUGUCCAAGGCUGCGAUGGAUCUGUUUUGCUGGACAGCAGCUCUACCAUAGUGAGUGAGAAGGGUGCCGCUCCGAAUGCCAACUCGCUUCGGGGUUUUAAUGUGGUUGACAACAUCAAGGCUGCAGUGGAGAGAGCUUGCCCAGGAGUAGUCUCGUGCGCUGAUAUCCUUGCCCUUGCUGCCGAAGCUUCAGUUAGAUCUUCAGGAGGUCCCUCAUGGUCUGUGUUACUUGGAAGAAGGGAUAGCACCACCGCCAACAUGAACGCUGCCAACAACCUUCCCAGCCCCUUCGACAGCUUAACUGGACUCCAGUCCAAAUUCUCUGCCGUCGGCCUCAGCAAUACUGAUCUCGUCGCCUUAUCAGGAGCCCACACCUUUGGUCGAGCACAGUGCAGAACCUUUAGCAGCCGGCUCUAUAACUUCAGCAGCACAGGCAAACCGGACCCAACCUUGAACCCCUCUUACCGGGCCACACUGCAGCAGAACUGCCCUCAGGGAGGGGCAGGUAGCAGUAAUCUCAACAAUCUCGACCCGACCACGCCGAACACCUUCGACAGGAACUACUUCACCAACCUUCAGGGCAACCGCGGGCUUCUACAGUCGGACCAAGAGCUCCUCUCAACAAGUGGAGCUCCCACCGCUUCGAUCGUCAACAGCUUUGCGAGCAGCCAGACCGUCUUCUUCCAGAACUUCGUUCGGUCGAUGAUAAAUAUGGGGAACAUUAGUCCCCUCACAGGGAGCAGGGGGCAGAUAAGGAGCAACUGCAGGAAGGUCAAUGGGAGCUGAGGAUUUUUGAAGUUGGAGGAGGAGGGUUGGUUGUAAGCAGGGAUAGUAUACGAAUAAAGCCCACAAGAAGUUGUGUGGCAAGCAGUUGUUCUGCAAGGCUUUGGUUAUGCGAGCCAAGUGCUCAACUUGUAUCAGCUAAGAGUAAAAACAAGGCAAAAUGCCUGUUUGCUCGUCCUUAAUGAAAUAAAUAGGAGAAAAUUUGGCCAAGCA